AUGCAAGUUCAUGGGCGUAAAAUAAUAUUUAUAUUUAUGUUUGCUUUAACAUUCAUAGUUACGCUUGCCAACUCAACUUGCUAUUCGCAGAGCUGUGGUAAAUACUCAUCUGGAUGUUCAACCAACGGAAACUGUGUUUGUUUUCAAAUGGCAAAUGGAACUGGUUUGUGUGCUACAAAUCUAGUUUCCUACGCUGACCUGAGUCCCUGCACCGGAAAUUUGUCGUGCACAGAAAAUAACACAAUUUGUGUUCUCAACAGUUGCUUUGGGCAACCACUCUGUUAUCCAUUAACCCGUGCAAAUUCGAGUAUAUGUCCUCCAUCAAACGGGUCUAUGUCAACUAAUCCACGUUCUACUGUAACGAUUAUCCAGACUGUUACACAAAUAGAGACACAAACAGUAGCACCUGUACAACCUUUUCGUCCAGUAUGUUUUCAUGGCGAGACAACAGUCCUGAAACAAGACGGUUCAAUUUGCUUAAUGCGUAAUCUAGCUGUCGGAGAUCGAAUAUUAGCAUCCCGAGAAUAUCAAUCUCCUUUAGUGUGGAGUACUGUCUUAGCAGUUGACGUAUAUCAAUACUACAAUGAAAAAAAACCAAUUGAAUACUUAGAGAUACAUACAUCUUCAUUGUCUCCUGCAUUAUAUAUAACACCAGCGCACUCGUUACUGCUAAAAAAGUACAACAACAUUCAACCCCGAUAUACUUUUGCAAAUGAAGCUCGCGUUGGUGACUAUAUUUACUUAAUAAAUGGUGAACAAACUCUGGAAGAAGUAACUAUUACUUAUAUUAGAACAAGAAAAUUUUACGAUGCAUAUGCUCCAUUGACAUUCGAAGGAAACUUUAUUGUUAACAAUGUUCUAGUUUCAGCUUAUGGAACUUUUAAACACGAAGUGGCACACUAUUUGAUUAAAGCUCCUCGACGUUGGUGGCUACGAUUAUGUUCUAUUCUAUUUCAAAAACAUAUUACUGAACGUCUUGACAAUUUUUUUCUUUAUAUGAUAAUUGAUGUUUGA